AUGGGUGCCAUGCCGAUCGGCAUGGGCAUCAUGCUGCCCGGCCGACCCACCGGCCAGAUGUCGCGCAGUCCGAGCACCAACGCCCUCCCCGGGAUCAUGUCGAACGGGGCCCGGGAUACGAGUCGACGGAGCGGACGGGGAUCGAGACGGGACGGCGCGCCCAGCCAUCCGCCCUCCUCGAGCGCCAACAACCCCAACCUCAACCGGGGGAUGUCGAUGCAGCAGAUGUUCCAGGUGGAGGCCGUCCAGCCUCUGCAGCCGUCUGCCAACAGCUGGGCGGCCACCCGGGCCACCGUCCUGGAAGAGAACUCGCCCGAGCUGGUGAACCGCAAGGUGAAGGCGCUCCUGAACAAGCUCACGCUCGACAAGUUCGAGUCGAUCUCGGACCAGGUGAUUGCCUGGGCCAACAAGUCCGAGAAGGAGCACGACGGCCGGAUCCUGCGCCAGGUGAUCGCGCUGAUCUUCGAGAAGGCGACCGACGAGGCCCACUGGUCGGAGAUGUAUGCCAAGCUCUGUCGCAAGCUGAUGGAGAAGCUCUCGCCGGGCGUCAAGGACGAAAGUCCGGUGGACGUGACGGGAAACAAGGUGCAUGGCGGGCAGCUGUUCCGGAAGUAUCUGCUGAACCGGCUGCAGACGACGCCGUGA